ACUAAUUGAUAUGGCAUAAUUUAAUUGGUUGGACAGAAUAUAACACAAAAAAAAUAUUACAGAGGAUCCGGUUCCUCCAGGGAUCUACAAUGGUAUAACUCAUUCCCAUCAUUCUUCCACGUUAUGACGCUGCUCUUAUAAAAAGGUAUGCAACACUUCAAUUCUUGAUCAUCAGCACCUCUUCUUGAGCAGAGAGAGAGAGAGAGAAAACUAGAAUAAUUAAACAUGGCGUUUUGGAUGAAAUCAUCCAUGGGAAUACUACUAAUCAUUCUUCUUCUUCUUCAGUCCCAAUCUUCAAUGGGAGCUUCAUCUACAACUCUGGAUAACUUCAAACAAUGCGUCUCACUAAACUCAGACCUUUCAGUUCUUCCACUCUCCACAGUCUUCUUCACCCCAAAAGACUCAUCCUUCACCUCAAUACUCCAAUCCUCAGCACAAAACCUUCGUUACUUAGUCCCUUCAGCCCCAAAACCAGAGUUCAUAUUCACACCCUUGCACGAUUCCCACGUCCAAGCCACCGUCCUCUGCUCCAAACAACUCGGUCUCCAUCUUAGAAUAAGAAGCGGAGGCCACGACUACGAGGGUCUCUCCUACGUUUCAGAGAACGAAACCCCUUUCAUCGUCGUCGACCUUUCAAAUCUCCGAGCCGUAAAUGUAGACAUCCAAGAUAACACGGCUUGGAUUCAAGCCGGCGCAACUAUUGGCGAAGUUUACUACAGAAUUUCCCAGAAGAGUAAAGUUCACGGCUUCCCGGCUGGCCUUUGCACCAGCUUAGGCAUCGGCGGCCAUAUAACCGGCGGCGCCUACGGGACACUGAUGAGAAAAUACGGCUUGGGAGUUGAUAAUGUGGUCGAUGCUAAAAUCGUCGAUGUUCAUGGAAAAAUUCUCGAUAGAGAAACAAUGGGAGAGAAUUUGUUUUGGGCUAUUAGAGGUGGCGGCGGAGCCAGCUUCGGAAUCAUUCUUUGGUGGAAGAUUAAGCUUGUUCCGGUGCCGGAAAAAGUUUCGGUUUUUACAGUUGCUAAGACAUUGGAACAAGGAGGAACUAAGUUACUUUAUAGGUGGCAACAAGUUGUGGACAAGCUUGAUGAGAAUCUCUUCAUUAGAGCCAUUAUACAAACGGCCCCCGCCUCCGCCGGCGAUAAGAGUAAAAAAACUAUAGCCACCGCUUACCAAGGCAUGUUUCUCGGCGGCGCAGAUAAACUGAUCAGUGUCAUGGAACAGAGCUUUCCUGAAUUGGGUCUGACCAGAAAAGACUGUACGGAGAUGAGUUGGAUCGAGUCUGUUCUCUACAUCGCGAGUUUCCCGAGUGGAACGCCACCGGAAGUUCUUCUCCAAGGAAAGUCAACUUUCAAGAACUAUUUCAAAGCCAAAUCUGACUUUGUGAAAGACCCAAUUCCUGAAACUGGGCUGGAAGGUUUGUGGAAGAGGAUGACAGAGGAGGAAUCUCCAUUAACGAUUUGGACUCCUUACGGUGGAAAGAUGAGUAAGGUUUCGGAAUCUGAAACGCCAUUUCCUCAUCGAAACGGUACCGUUUUUAUGAUUCAGUGGCUUUCGUUGUGGCAAGAUGAAGAGACAGAUUCGGUUAAGCAUUUUGAUUGGAUUAGGAAUGUUUAUAGCUACAUGGCUCCGUACGUGUCAAAGUUUCCAAGACAGGCUUAUGUGAACUAUAGAGAUCUUGAUCUUGGGAUGAACAAGAAGGAUGAGACCAACUUUAUUGAGUCUGGUGGUUUUGGUAAUAAGUAUUUCAAGGAUAAUUUUGAUAAGUUGGUACUUGUUAAAACCAUGGUUGAUCCUGAUAAUUUCUUCAGACAUGAACAGAGUAUUCCACCACUUCCAAACUCUUCUUCUAAAAAAAUGGGUUAUUGCCCUUCAGCUUGAUUUAAGCUCUUUUGUUUUGGGAUUAAUUAGUUUGCUUCAUGUAAUUAAUUAAUGUGUACUGUACUUGUUUUUGGUUAUAAGUUUAUCAAUGUUGGUAUAUAUACAUUAACACAUGUAUGAAUGUAUUGUAUGUAUAGUUGUGAUUGGUACAUGUAGAGACUCUGGAUGUUCAUUCUUUCUUUCAAUACUUAUUUACUAUUUAGUGUUAUCAAA